AUGGAUCAACCACGGCGAGCACACGGCGACGAGAAAGAUGAGGGCAUGCAUGAAAUAACGAGAGAUGAUACAAAAACUGAAGAAUUCACGAGGCAUGAAUCACCAUCAACACCACCCCCACAACAUACAACACCAUUAUCUUUCCCAAUAACGAAUUCCCCUUUAGCCUCAGACAUACUACGACCAUUAUCGGCUAUUUCAGCGCAGCGCUCAUUCCCUUUACCGACUAGUGGGUCACUUGCAUCAUUAGCGAGAGGACACCAACAUGAUCGUGCAGAUGAGAGGCGAAUUGAUCGCGAUUUUGAAGCUAGCACUGCUACUACUACAAGGAGCAGUCCUGGAAGUAGUUGGAUGCAUGAGCGGCAGCUCCAAUCGGAUUCGAUUCUUGCCGCCACAACCACGACUGAUCCUUCGGGUUUGGGGGAUAUUGGCUCUAGUACGAGCAAUGCAGCUGUGCGAGAUUUUACAACUAUGGUGUGGGAAUCAUCGAGGAUAGCAGCAGCAACGGGUGAAUCUACGACUGAAUCCAAGCCGAUACAGCGUAGUGGUUCGGCAUAUCCUCCCUCUUCGUCGUUUUCGUCACCUGGCUCUUCGCUUGUAGAAGGGUCUUCGGGCCCUCUCGAAGACGAUGAAGGGGCACAAAUCACGCCAUCACCAUUUGCAUCGAUAUUUCCCGACGGAACGGAUACUAUAACUCCAGUGUUUAUUCAAAGAUAUGACGAUGACAAGAACGACUGCCACGAGAACACAGAGGACGCAGAUCACCGGACAGUUCUCAAGUACAGUGAAUCGUUACAAUUGUUCCGCAGAAGGCCCGAGGAUGGCGGAGAGACGUGGAAGAGGCGCGUGUCUGAGUAUCGUUGA